GGAAGACAGAGGGAGGCUGAGAAACAGAUUCUGUCUGAGGGAAAAAAACAUAAGCUCUCAGCUCAGACACUCAUCACUCGCCAAACGUGGAAGAGUCCUCUGCUGCAGGUGAAUGAAGCUACAACAAACAAAGCGUUUGUCACUGCUGCUGUUGCUUGACUGGACACUUGGGGACUGUUAAAAAAAAAAAAAAAAAAAAAAUCUGCAGAGACAUCAACUGGAAGAUUUUCCUUAUGGUCUUUACAGGAGAGUUGAUUCUGAUUGACUUCUGAUUCUUUUGGUAGAAAAGGAAAUAAUAUGAAAAAGUUCCACUGACAAAACAACGGACAGAGGAAAUGUGGAAUGACUCUGACUGGUGAGGACUUGGAGUCAAACUUGCCGGACAGGCAGGGGAUAUAAGGAAACAGACGAGAGGAGAUACCAUGUUGGUUCGGGUGCAGCAGGACUGCGCUAUGAUUCUCCCUGAAGUCAUUUUGAUGGUGCUCUUGUUGCUCUCUGGACCAGAGUCCUCACUUCAGGGAGACACUCAGGAAAUUGGGGACAGUGAUGAGAUCCUGGAGAGAGAGUUCAUCUACGAACCAAAACGGCAAAAGCGCUCCAUCGUCGACUACAGCGCAACUCAAACAGACAAAUGUUCUUAUACCUUCAUCGUCCCUCAGCAGAAAAACACCGGGGCCAUCUGUGUGAACUCCAAGGAGCCCGAGGCCUUGCUGGAGAAUCGGGUCAAUAAGCAGGAGCUGGAGCUGCUCAACAGCGAGCUGCAGAAGCAGAGACGGCAGAUCGAAGCCCUGCAGCAGCUGGUGGAGGUCGAUGGAGGAGUGAUCAACGAAGUCAAGCUACUACGCAAAGAGAGCCGCAACAUGAACUCUCGGGUCACGCAGCUCUACAUGCAGCUGCUGCAUGAGAUUAUCCGCAAACGGGACAAUGCUCUGGAGGUGUCACAGCUCGAGACCCGAGUGCUCAACCACACAAACGAGAUGGGGAGGCUAGCGGCACGCUAUCGCGACCUGGAACUUAAGUACCAGCAUCUGUCGGCCCUUGCAAGCAACCAGAGUGCCCUCCUGGUGCAGCUGGAGGAGCACUGUAAGCGAGGAGGAUACUCGUACGGUGUGGUACGGGAGAGGGCCCGUCCUGUCCAUCCACAGCCUCCUGUGAUCCCUCAGCCUCCUCUACAGAGACCUGCAUUGUCUCCUGGAGGCUACAGACCCUACCAUCCACCGACCUACACCCGCCAUUCCAACAACCCCAUGACUAAUGAGAUACAAAAUGACCAAAACUCCAAAGCAUUACCACCUCCGCUGCCCACGAUGCAAAGUGGUACAUACAGCUUCACAAACGAGCCCUCUGGUCCUUUCAAAGACUGCCUUGAAGCUCUGGAGGCCGGAUACACCACCAGCGGCAUGUACCUCCUGAAACCAGACAACGGCAACCGGCUCAUGCAGGUUUGGUGUGACCAGAGGCACGACCCUGGUGGCUGGACUGUCAUUCAGAGGCGUCAGGACGGCUCCAUCAACUUUUUUAGGAACUGGGACACAUACAAGCAAGGGUUUGGAAACAUUGAUGGUGAAUACUGGUUAGGACUAGAGAACAUCUACUGGCUGACAAACCAGGGCACUUACAAGCUGCUGGUGACCUUGGAGGACUGGACUGGGCGCAAGACCUUUGCCGAGUACGCCAGCUUCCGUAUCGAGUCAGAGGCAGACUUCUACAGGCUGCGGGUGGGCCGGUACCACGGCAACGCUGGAGACUCUCUUACCUGGCACAACAGCAAGCAGUUCACCACGCUAGACAGAGACCAUGAUGCUUACACAGGUAACUGCGCCCACUACCAGAAGGGAGGAUGGUGGUAUAACGCCUGCGCUCAUUCUAACCUGAACGGUGUGUGGUAUCGUGGUGGACAUUACCGCAGCCGUUACCAGGACGGGGUCUACUGGGCCGAGUUCAGAGGAGGAGCCUAUUCUCUCAAGAAAGUGACCAUGAUGAUACGACCCAACGCAAACACCCUUCACUAACACUCCAGAAACAGAAACUGAACAGAGUCUACCGGACAAACGUUUCUUCCAAAGGGAUUCCAUAUCUGUAUCACAAAGAACAGGCAUCCUUGAUAUCAACUUCCUUCUUCGCUUUUUUCUUCUGUUGGCUGCUUUACAUUCAUAACUACAGGAGCUUCAAACUGCUCAUGUAGAGACGCAAAAGGAUUUGUGCAUAAUUUCUUCAUUUUAUUUCUCUCACAGCUCAUAAAUCAAUGUUGCACA